GCGGUAACGGAAACAGAAUGCACGUGUAUGCACAGGACUUGAAGGUUACUCAAACCUCACCGGCAACCUCAUUGUCAGAGAGAGGAGGUCAAUAAGACGGUCCGUUUGCGCUCAGAAAGACUGACCUGCACUGUAACACGUCAUGGACCCCAUGAAGGCGCAACAACUGGCGGCGGAGUUGGAGGUGGAGAUGAUGGCUGAUAUGUACAACCGAAUGACCAACGCCUGCCACCGAAAGUGUGUGCCGCCACAUUACAAAGAGGCAGAGCUGACAAAGGGCGAGUCUGUGUGCCUGGACCGCUGCGUGGCCAAAUACCUGGACCUCCACGAGAGGCUAGGACGCAAGCUAACAGAGCUCUCAGUCCAAGAUGAGGACAUGAUGAGGAAAGCAGCUGUCGGCAGCGGAUAGUGACGCAGAGACUGGGAUUAGAUGCCUAAGACUUCCACCAAAUAUCAUGGCAACAACAUUGGGUGAACUCUUAAAAGCAGGAGUUUUAUUUGAGACGUGUUUGUGAGUGAAUGCAUCUGAAUUUAAGUACAUGUGGGUCCAGUGGGAGAAACCGUCGGCUGCAGUUGAGGGUUACAUAAAAGGGUCUGAGCACUGUGUACACUUGUAUUAUGACUUAAAGUACUUCAGAAACAGUCUCAGCAACUUCUCUUGAUGUGGACUGAUAUAUUCAACCAGGCCUGGUCCUUCAGAUUGGGUUACUGGAGUAUGAAUGCAUAUAUUCUUUUUUAUUUUUUGUACUUUGACUCAGUCAUAUGUACAUAGAUUUUUAAAUGCUGUAUGUCAUAAACAACUGUUACUGUCUUCAGUUCAGGAAACGGUACCUUUUUGUUGAUCCACUCACAGUUACAAUUAAACCAAUAGUCAACUUUAACCACUGCUAAUAGUAAUCAUGACCCUUUAUGCAUCAGCAUGAUAAAUUUACCAACGGAUUUCUUUGGCGUUAACCCCACAAGGAACGUCGCCUGCCUCUUGGAACUCUCCUGAAACCUUCCAUUAUAUUGUUGUCUACCUUCAAGAAAGCCUGCUACACUUGAAGGCCAACUCAAGCUUCUACAUAAACACGCGAUACUAAAUAUACUGACCAUUUUUAUGCCACCCCGUCGGGUCAUUGUUAAACGACCGUGGGUCCCUUGAAAGACUACAGUGGAGCCCUCGAGUUUGCGGCCUGCUCAAUAGCAAAAUCAAUAUAAUUGAAGGCCAUAUGAUUACAAUGAGAAAUUAUUCCGUGCGAUGAAUUGUGAACACACACAUGCUGUUACCAUUUAUAUACCAUUUAUCAUUAUUGUGUAGAUUGUGUCAUAAGUGGACCAUGUGUUUUCUUUUUUAAAAUCCGUUUCAUUUUGUGUGAUGCCUUUAUUCUGUCUGUCAGGCGUCCAACUGCAUAUCGGCGGAACUGCAAUGUUAUUCCCCCUAACAUGAAUAAAGCAAAGUUAGUAUGCACUA